UAUCAUGGAUUUAUCUGUGUUAGUAACUCUAUCAUCAGGUCGGAUAGUCGUAGCAGCUUAAAAUAAAAAAAAUAAGCCAAUAAAAAAAGAAGAUGAAUUAUUGGAGGUUAAUAAAAUCGAAUUUGAUGUGUUUUGUUUAUUUUUGUUUGAGAAGAUAUAAAAUAUUGUUAAUUAAAACCGAUAAGGAUCAAAUGUUGAUAGCGUUAAAUUAAAGGUUAUGUACUGGAAAAUUUUACAGACAUUUUAAGAGAUGUACCAAAAAAUCGCAAAGGAAACCUUCCGAAGUGCUUUCAAAACUAUAGAUAAAGACAUUCUGAGAUGGUUUCCAGGCCAUAUGGCCAAAGGCCUUAAACAGAUGCAACAGAAACUUAGAUCGGUGGAUUGUAUCAUUGAAGUACACGAUGCUAGAAUUCCAUUGUCUGGACGAAACGGCGAGUUCAAGUACGCGAUAAGCGGCAUCAAACCCCAUAUUCUAGUAUUAAACAAGGUAGAUCUAAUAGAACCCCGCUUUAAGAAACAAAUAACCGAACAUUUAAAAUCACAAUACGACCAUAUUUUAUUUACAAACUGUCGAAGUCAGACGUGUCGCGGUGUUAGGGCCGUAUUCCCUUUAGCCAAAGACCUAAUAAAUAAUUCUAAUAGAUACAAUAGAUCAAACGAGGAAGAUUAUAAUAUGAUGAUAAUUGGAGUGCCUAAUGUAGGAAAGUCCUCGCUUAUUAAUGCCUUAAGGGCAAAACAUUUAGGCAAAGGGAAAGCUUCCGCAGUUGGAGCGACGCCGGGUGUCACCAGAAGCGUCCUACACAAAAUAAAGAUGUCAGAGAAGCCUUUGUUCUAUAUGUUAGAUACACCAGGAAUUUUAACUCCAAAUAUAUCAGAUAUAGAGAUGGGUUUAAAAUUGGCUUUAUGUGGUACAAUUCAAGAUCAUCUUGUUGGAGAGACUAUUAUAGCUGAUUAUUUGCUCUAUUGGUUAAAUAAUCAAAACCAUUUUGAAUAUGUGGAGUAUUUUAAAAUGGAUAAACCAAACGAUGACAUUUUAGAAGUACUAGCUCAUAUAUGUAAACUGCAUAAUAAAAUAUUACGAAUUAGGAACCAACUGAAUGAGUAUGUUAUUAAACCGAAUUUAGAUGCAGCUGCACAGAUCAUGUUGAAAGCAUUUCGAGAUGGAAAUUUAGGCAAACACAUGUUAGAUGAGGAUUUGUUAUAGGCAAUUUUUUUUAUUAAUAUAUUGUUGUAUAUAAAUCAAAAAUUUUAGGCGAAAGAUUUUUAUUUCAAAUAGAAUCUGAUAAUAACUGUUUUAUUAAAAUAUAUACAGGGGUCUAUUUUAAAAACUAUGUAUUGUCAUAAGUAAUACUGGAAUGAAAUUUCCACUGGAAAAAUUAGCAAAGAUAAAUAUAACAAUAAACGUAUCUUUGAUAUGAUAAGGGUGGUCAGUAUUUGGUUCUAUUUACAAUUAUUUCUGACUAAUCAAACUUUUUUUUUUUAAGUCUAAACUAGACUAUUUUAGUAAAUUGUAUAAAACUUUAAUUCCAUAGCACUGUCACAACAAAAAUGUUCUUUCCUAAUGUACUUUUGUACUGUGUAAAUAAAUACCUAAUAAAUAACUUUUAUAUA